AUGCCCUCCCGCGACCAAGGCGACAUCCCGUUGGGGUCUCCACAAUCCACAAACACAUCUUCUACGUCGAGACAGUCUGGCAGUUUUGAGCCUGGUGAAAUUCGCAAUACCAAUCCUGCACCAAUACAUGGUCCAAAUCAAGGCGUCGUUCCUCCAGGCCGUCGCCCUCUGAAUGCGACGACUCCCGAAUAUCAGGACGGUUGGGAAGCACCGGCGUUCCCUGGCUAUCGCUCGCAGCAGGCGGCUCAGGUGUCCAACGUCGCUGCGUACCAUAACAAUAAUAAUUUAGAUAGCGAGAGCUCUCGUGGCCGUGAGGUCGACGAAAGAGAUUCCAGGCCUUCCACUCUGGAGGAAGAUAUGGAAAGCUUGUUCGUCGCACAGACGCCUCAGAGUUACAAGGACUCUUAUGUGCCCACGCCGGCGGCUGCCACGAUGUCUGGUGGCCGCGGGAUCUCUGAGGACACGAUCGUCUACGCUGAUGGAUCGUCCCCGGCGACACUGGGUCGCAGUCUAGUGGCAGAUCAUGAGAGUCCUACUCCCGGCUUAUCCGGCCUAAGAAAGGAGCAGCAAGACGUGGACAUGGCUCAAUCAGAGCACAUGACACCAGCAGACCGCCCAAAGCGGGGCCCUACACGCUGCUAUGGCGUGCAUCCAGAUGCUUUUGACAUGGCCAACCCUGAUGAAGCCAGACUUGCCGCUCUAGUCAGGAAACGAAACGAGAAGCUCAGCCAACAAGAUCCAGACUUUCACGAAGACGACGCCGAUGAGGACCACGACUUUCACACUCCAGCGUCUGCUGUCGCCACUGAGGAGGACAUAGAGUCUACAUAUCCUCAGAGGGUCGAGAUCAACACGCCAUCUGCAUCCGAGAGUGAACAGGAGAUGGAUCUUGACGAGGACGAGGACAAUGACAAUGACAGAAAGGGACCCAUCACACCAACGAACAGGAAGCGCCCGUCUCCUGAACGCACCCUUUCAAACUCCGCCAAGAGACACCGCUCUGCCAACAAAGACAAGGAACCCAAAUUUCGCGCUAGCCAUUUCCAUAAACUCGAAGACACCGGGGCGGCCGAACGUCUCGCGAUUCUCAAGCAUAUCGGGAGGCUCUGGGGCAUGCCGUGUGAGAGAGCGAUCCCACAUGCACUAUGGCCACUGUCGUCCGGACCAGACGCGAAACCUCUGGCACCGAGGGACGUGGCCAAUCCAGGACUGCUGAGGAUCCGCGAGUUGGCGCGCAUGUCGCCCGGUGCAGAGGGCCUUCGUGCCGCAAUCGAGGCCCUCACCACCAUAACCGAGCUCAGGCCACGCCCGAAGAACAGGCUCUUGUAUCUGGCAGACGUCGACCGCGCCAUCAUGGUGCUCCACGAUCAAGCCGCUGCCGCAAACCAGGCGCCAGCACAAGAGCAGCCCUUCGCGGAUGCUCCGAGAAGCGAGCAGCGACAGCAGCCAGCAGUACGCCGUGAUAGCUCGAGGGGUUCUUCUGACGAGGGAUCCGUCCCCAUCAAGAAAGAAAUUAUACCCACUUCUCCAACGACUGGUCACUUGCGGCACAGAGCUCUGCUCGACCUCCGAGCGAGCGACUUACAAUCCCUCUCUGGAGACGAAUUCAAGCAAAUCUACCGCCUGCUGCAGAGUGAAAUGAACAGGAGACUGGACUCGAGCCGCCUCGAUGGCUCUUCCCAAGCCGCAGCGAUCUCAAUCGAUUAG